ACUAGUGGAGGGGCGGUUCAAAUCCCGGAAGGAAAGGGGAAAGGUAAACAAAUUCUAAGCGAGCGGCAUGACAGAGGCUGCUUUAUAGCGAGACUUAUACCGGGCAGGUAGAUAAACCGCUGGAGAGGAAGGUAUAGAAAAUAGUGGGAAAUACUUCGGAGUGCUGAGAGUAGGAUCUGCUGGGCAAAGAGGCGACCGCACACUGGAGGAAAGAUGACCGCAUCUUCCCCACCCUCUAUGUUUUGCAUAGAGGAUUUUGACACUAAUAAAGAGGGUGCAGCUUUACCUCGCACAGAUCCACCUUGUGCAGAUGGCGUAUCAGGGCACCAGGCUCGGAGCUCCCCCAACAUACGGAGACAGAGAGUGAAGGAGCCUCGCUCUCGUACUGAGUCCCACUCGGAUACCACAGAAAGUGACACACUGGGGGAUCUCGCCUUCCGGUCUCGCUCCCUCUCCGCUCCUUCCUCUCUUAUGGUUGCCACUCGUUAUGGGCGCGAGCUGAGGCGUAUGAGUGAUGAAUUUGACAUGACCUUUAAGGGUCUCCCUCGUCCUAAAAGUGCUGGCGCAGCGGGGCAGCUUACAGGGAGCAGCGGCCUACAAACAUUAUUCAUGAAUUUGUUUCAAAGGAAAAAAAGUAAAGGAAAGAUUGAGUCUGGAGUGGAUAAGCACUAAUUAUUCUCAGAAGGGUUUUAUAUAAAAUCAAGACAUGCAAGUAAAGCAGGAACAAAGUUAUCUUUAUUUUAAUGAAUGUGGCGUCAAUGAAUUGUUGAAAAGAACAAUGAGAUUUAUUUAAAAAAAAAGUUUGGAGUGAAAUGAAAUAUUUUGAGCAUUUGGAACUUAUUGCACAUACACUGUGUGACUUCAGAACAAGAGUGCAACUUUGAAGUUGGUAAUUAUGAUAAAUAAAUAAUGAACACUGUGAAUAGAAUAAAACUAAUUUUUAACGGGAUAUUCUGGUGUAAAAUUAAGUGUAGAUUCUGAGGAGUCGUUUUAUUUGUAUCACUCCUAUUGAAACUAAAAAUGAUGCUAUACGAUGUGCUGACACCAGACAUAAAGAAAAGCCGCCUAAAUCGAUCUCAAUCUGGAAAGCGGUUCAAAUGGAAAUAGAGGGGGUUUUUAUCCAGAGGAAGAAAUAUCACACUGAUGGAAACAUCUGUUAGUGAAAAACGUAUCUAUAAUCUGCUGUCUCUACGAACACUGUUUUAUAAACAAAAUCUAAUUUGUAUCAUUUUUUUUUCCCUCUCAUUUUUGUAAAUAAUAAAAUUGAGAUUGGUCCUCAA